AUGAAUGAUGCUCUGACCAAAUAUAUGAACCAAGACUCUGUAAAGCGAGCUCUACACAUCCCACCCACAAUACCCGCAUGGCAAGCAGAUAGCAGCAUCAUCAAUAUCUACAAUCCAAACGAAUCCAACCGCUCAGCCCUCCUUCGAUUACAUCAUCAACAGGUAUAG